UUUUUCCUCUCCUUUUCCUUCUGUUUUCAAUGGAUUGUCUCAUUUCUUAAAGGUUUCCCGUUGGUUUUUUUUUUUUUUACAUUUCCAUGACCCCAGAACCUGGCAAAAGAAAAUUCAUUCAUUUUUCCCUUCUUAACCAUGGUAACCACCGCCCCUCAAAGCAAAAGCAACCCAAUUCCAAGCGUUCUCAUUGUUGGUAACUACUGCCACGAUGUUCUCCUUCAAGGCUGCGCCGUCGUUGCCAAAACCCUCGGUGGGGCCGCCUCUUUCAUUUCCAACGUGUUUUCUGGUCUCUCCGUUUCUUUUGAUUUAACCUCAAAAGUUGGGCUUGAUUUCAAAUACCCACAUCCUUACAAUCCCAUCGUGGUCCCCGCUUCCAAAACCACCGUUUUCCACGCCUAUUUCGAUCUGGGCGACAGCGAGAAUGCUCAUCAGGAUCGGGUCUUGAAACGGGUCGAAGCAUGCGACCCGAUAUACCCAUCGGAUCUACCCGAUAAAAGGUUUGAUUUUGGAAUGGCGGUUGGGGUUGGCGGGGAGAUAUUACCAGAAACGCUGGAAAAAAUGGUUGAAAUCUGCGAUGCCGUUUUUGUUGAUAUCCAAGCUUUAAUCCGUGUUUUUGAGACAAACGGAACCGUAAAACUCGUGGGGUUAAAAGAGAGUGGGGUUUACCAUUUGUUACCGCGGCUCAAGUUCAUAAAGGCGUCUUCGGAAGAGGCAUUGUUCAUGGAUGUUGAGGAAGUGAGGCAAUGGUGUUGUGUGGUGGUAACCCGUGGGAAAGAUGGUUGUCAAGUUUACUGGAAAGACGGGGAAAUAAAAGCUGGGCCUUUUGGGGCUAACCAGAUUGAUCCAACGGGUGCUGGAGAUAGUUUUUUAGGUGGGUUUGUUGGUGGGUUGGUUCAUGGCUUGGUCGUUCCUGAUGCUGCUUUGUUGGGGAACUUCUUUGGUUCACUUACUGUUGCUCAGAUUGGUCUCCCUAGGUUCGACUUGAGAUUGUUACAGAGAGUUAAAGAUGAGGUGCAAAGAAGGAAGCUGCAUUGCACAGGCCGCUUCCAAAGAAGAGAUGAUCAGUUGAGUUUCACCAAGCCACUGGGCCAUGAAGAGUUCCAUGCUUCUCUUGCUUCAACUAAAUUAGUUUCCACAUUCUCUAUUCAAGAAUGUCAACGGGAUCUGCCAAGAUCAUCCAGGACAGUAGACCAAGUUAUCCGCCCUCAAUAUAACGGGCAGCCACAGUUGUUAUUAAGUUCUCUUUUUGAUGAUCCAAUUUGAACAGUGCAGGAUAGACCAUGAGUAUACCUGGAGCAUAUUUUCUUUUUUCUGUAUCAAAUAAUUUGGCUAGUGAAGAAAUCUCUUUGAGCCUUUGAAUGAAAGUCUAGAAAUCAAUGGCAAAUUAAAUUAGUAAAUAAUUGUAAGCCAUAUUUGUCUCUGAUUUCUUUUGUUAUAUGCUGCCAUUGCAAUUCUUGAGCCCUUCCUUACCUGCCAAGCGCACGUGGUUCUAUGAAAGUAAAGAAGACGCCACAACUUGUGGGGUUUAAUUGGAAUUUGGGCCCCCUGGAAUUCUCAAGUCCUUUGAGCUUUUAUAUUGUGUGAUUUUGGACCAAAUCCAAUCUCCGUCAACCGUGAAAUAUCUUUGAUAACAAUGAUAUGGCGUUGCUUUGAUAGCAAUCAUGCUGGCUUGUAAAACCUUAAUUAUGAAAA